AUGGCCCAAAACUCCGGUUCGCUAUCAAGCAAUUCUCCCUAUCUAUACAAAGCCACCAUAGAGGACAUACAAGCCAUCAAAUCAAUGGUCAACUCCGCCUACUCAAAAUACAUCGAGCGUAUCGGAAAGCCCCCAGCUCCCAUGACCGAAGACUGGGAGCAAGAGAUGGAAACACAUGAGGUCAUGAUGCUCAAAGACAACGAUCAAACUGUUGGCUCUAUCGACUUCCAUGUGGAUGACCAAACAAACUCUCUCAAGAUCAACAACGUGGUUGUGGACGUGGGCUCACAGGGUCGAGGUUAUGGAUAUUGGAUGAUGAAACACGCGGAGAUUGAGGGACGGGAGCGUGGACUAUCGAGUAUCACUCUCUUUACGAAUGUAAAUAUGAUUGAAAACGUUCGGUUCUAUGGGAAACUGGGUUUUAUCGAAACCGAAAGAAAAAUGGAGGAUGGGUUCGAACGUAUAUAUUUCCGCAAGAGUCUUUGA